AUGGCGGCCAGCACUGCCGCCACGACGGUGCUGCCCCCGGUGAAGAGCGUGGUGGUGUACAGGAAUGGAGACCCCUUCUUCAUCGGCCGCAGGUUCGUUAUCAACCAGCGACAGGUGUCCACCAUGGAGGCCUUCCUUAACGAGGUGACCCACAACAUCGGGGCCCCGCUGGCCGUGCGGACCCUGUACACGCCCAGGCAGGGUCACAAGGUCGCAGACUUCCACGACCUUCAGACGGGGGCCCAGUACGUCGCUGCGGGCUUUGAGAAGUUCAAGAAACUGGACUACGUAAACACGGGGGUGAAAAAGCAGCCGGCGGUGCGUGACGACGCUCAGGGAAAAGUCAUCCAGAGGCCCAACGUGUCCGCCAAAUGGAGGAAGUUUGUACCAGUGCCGUGUAUAAUACACGUUUUCCGCAACGGAGACCCUCUGUGUCCGCCGUUCCGCUUCAUCAUUCCUCGCAGCAUGCAGAAGGACCUGGAGCAGAUUCUGAGUCUGGUCACUGAGAAGGUCAGCUUACGGACCGGCGCCGUGCGUAGGUUGUGUUCCGUGGAAGGGGUGACUGUGACCUCAGGCGCGGAGCUGGAGACCGGACGCUGCUACGUUGCCGUGGGAACAGAGAGGUUCAAGAAGCUUCCGUACGUGGAGCUGCUGGUCUCAAAAGCUACCGAGAGGUAUUACCCAGGGAAGAGACGAACGCUGAGGAGAAAUGUGCAAAAGAAGCCAGGAAGCGGUCCAGAAGACCAGUGUAGUGACUCCGCCCUUCUCAACUCCCCUCAGUCAGACGGGCGGAGGGUGAAGUCGACCGGCGACGAAGCCGCUCCACAGCAGCAGCAACACAUUCGAGACGGAGAGGACGACGCCUCCACGUUCUUCACCAAGCCCGCCAGGAGCCGUAAAACAAGAGGAAUCCCAAGACGGGACCUCAGCAAUGGAAACAGUUACAGUAGGAUGAGCACUCACUCAUUUUGCAUCUCAAGCUUCGCCAUCGUAACUUUGUGUUUUACAUCCAAAGCCCAUCGCAGCCUUUUUAAACCGGGAGCACGAAGUAGGAGGGAGGAGGUCAGAGGAGCCGAGGAGGUGCAGGAAGAUGAAAAUACAGCCACGGAACUUCCUGUUGAUCAGAGAGUCGCAGAAAUAGUGGAGGAUGAGGAGCUGAACAAUGCAAACAACGUUCUGCACAACACACUAAAAGUUUUGCUGCCAUCCGACCCGGACGAGGUGGAAAAGAUUAGAACACCAGACAAAGAAGAGGAGUUUAACACUGAAAAUUUGGUACAGACACACGCGUCACAUUGUUAUCAACGACUAAAGCCUAUAACGCUCGUGUCUCCACUCAAGGAGCCUGGGUUCAACAAGAUAACUUUGUCCUCGCCCAACUCUCCCAGAGAAAUUCAGGCCAACAACUUGGAGCAUCAGGAUGAUAAGGAGGGUCCAAAAGACGCUUCAUUAGAUGCAGUAGCGACGAACCACCACCAGGGAGGCUUAAUUAAAAAUGUCACAUCGUCAUAAUAAAUAUUUUGUGAUUGUGCUUCAAUUAAACUGUGCUAAUGAGCCAAUUAAUAUCAAUAUAAUAUAUUGCAUUUGUUUUCUUUUUUAAAUUAAAAUGUCAAUAAAAGGUAAAGCAAACACAACAGGAAGUGCAUUCCUGUCUUAGAAUCUAAAGCUGACAGUAGGACUGAACAAGACAUUAAAAG